GCCGGAGCCGGAGCCCUCGGGCCGGGCCGGGGGCAAUGCCGAACCGGGGGCCGGGCACUCGGACCCCUCAGUCAUUGCAGAGCUCGCAGAGUGGAGGGCGGCGGCGGCCGCUUCACUGAGCGCUGCUCGGCUCCAGGACUCCAGGUCUCGGGCCCUGGCUCCAGCUUCGGCCCCAGAUCUUGUACUUUCCGACCCUCUCAGACCCAGACCCGGCCCCACACCCCAGUCACCCAAGAUCCCCAACCUCCGCAUCCCAGCCCUGUCAGCCCCAUCCUCGACCCGCGAGCACCGGUCCUUGGUCGGGCCCCACCAUGGGCUUCUUGCACCAACUGCACCUCCUGCUUUGGAAGAACGUAACGCUGAAGCGGCGCAGCCCGUGGGUUCUGGCCUUCGAGAUCUUCAUUCCCCUGGUUCUCUUCUUCAUACUCCUCGGGCUGCGGCAAAAGAAACCUACCAUCUCAGUGAAAGAAGUCUCAUACUACACAGCAUCGCCCCUCACCUCGGCGGGCAUCCUGCCUGUUAUGCAGUCCCUUUGUCCCGAUGGCCAGCGGGAUGAAUUUGGCUUCCUCCAGUAUUCAAAUUCCACGGUGACCCAGCUCCUAGAGCAGCUAAAUCGGGUGGUAGAGGAGAGUAAUCUGUUUGAUCCUUCGAGGCCCAGCCUUGAGGAGGAAUUAGAAUCUGUCCGAAGUCAUCUGGAAUCCCUUAGCAGUGGCCCUGGGACCUUGGAAAGCCAUUUUGACAACCGAGCAGUGUCUGACUUCACUCUGGGUUCAGCAGCCAAGGACAGGCAAGAGUUCUACCGUUUCCUUUCCCAGAAUUUGUCCCUGUCCAAUGAUACCACGGAGAUGCUAUUGGGUUCCAAGGUCAAUCUGCAUGAGGUCUAUAGGCUACUCUUUGGUCCUUUACCCACCCUGACUGAGGGCAUGUUGUCAAAGAAGGGGAAGGAACCCUGGGUCCGCUCCAGGGUUGGUGAAAAGAAGUUCCGGCUGGAGGAUGGUCUCCCAGGCAGCUGGCGAGACCUUGAAGAAGGAUUAGUGCCCCAUGCCCUACAGGAGCCUACUCACCAUGCCAACAAGCAAGCCGUAUUCCGCCUCCUGUCCCAGGCUCUGGGCCUGGCUGGUCCUCCCCUGGAACACCCUGAGGCCUCCAGCCCCCAAGCCCUGGUCAGAGAGAUGGAGGAAUUGUUAUUGGCACCUAAAUUACUAGAGCAAUUGACAUGUGCACGGGGCUCAGAGGAACUGAGCCAGAUUCUGACAGUGUCUGAGAGCCAGAGGGAGCGGCUGCAGGCUUAUCGCAUGGCCGUGUGUAGUGGACAAGCCGGAGCACGAGCUCAGCGUUUCUCCCGCCUGGCGUCUGAGCUCCAGGACCAACUGGAUGUACACAAGAUCAUCUCCCAGCUCCACCUAGAGGCAGUGAAUGGCCCAACCACUCAGAGGAGGUCCAGGCUACAGGUGCUGCUUGGGGACCUGCUAGGUGUUGAGAAGGUGCUUCGGGAUGUCGAUGUUCUGUCUUCCCUGGCUCGCCUACUCCCUCAGGGUGCCUGUGCUAGCCGGGCCCCACCGCAGACCGCCAACGGCACCGGCUGGGCCAGCAACACCACAACGACCACCAGUGGCAACAUCACAGCGGAGGAUGGGGAAGGCGAGGGCGAGCUGGGAGGGGAUGGUCUGCAUGGAAAGUGCUCUGCCUUUGUGCAGCUCUGGGCCGGUUUGCAGCCCAUCCUCUGUGGGAACAACCGGACCAUUGAACCUGAGGCGCUGAAACAAGGCAACAUGAGCUCCCUGGGCUUCACGAGCAAAGAACAGCGGAACUUGGGGCUUUUGGUGCAUCUCAUGACCAGCAACCCCAAGAUCUUGUAUGCGCCUGCAGGGACAGAGGCUGAUAAGGUUAUUCUGAAGGCAAAUGAGACCUUUGCUUUUGUGGGCAAUGUGACCCAUUAUGCCCAGGUCUGGCUCAACAUCUCAGCUGAGAUCCGACGCUUCUUGGAGGAGGGCCGCCUUCAGCAGCAUCUCCACUGGCUGCAGCAGUACGUGACUGACCUACAACAGCACCCAGAAGCCCUGAACCUGUCUGAGGGGGAGUUACCACCUGCCUUCCGGGAUCACAACUUCUCCUUGCCCAAUGCCUCGGCGCUUCUUCAGCAGCUGGACACCAUCGAUAAUGCUGCCUGUGGCUGGAUCCAGUUCAUGUCCAAGGUGAGCGUGGAUAUCUUCAAAGGCUUCCCGGACGAGGAGAGCAUUGUCAACUAUACUCUUAACCAAGCCUACCAGGACAAUGUCACUGUGUUUGCCAGUGUGAUCUUCCAAACCCGGAAGGAUGGUUCCCUUCCACCCCACGUGCUCUAUAAGAUCCGACAGAAUUCCAGCUUCACCGAGAAAACCAAUGAGAUCCGCCGGGCCUACUGGAGGCCUGGCCCCAACACUGGGGGACGCUUCUACUUCCUCUAUGGCUUUGUCUGGAUUCAGGACAUGAUGGAACGAGCAAUAAUCAACACCUUUGUUGGUCAUGAUGUGGUGGAGCCAGGAAAUUAUGUGCAGAUGUUCCCGUACCCAUGCUACACAAGGGAUGACUUCCUGUUUGUGAUCGAGCACAUGAUGCCGCUCUGCAUGGUGAUCUCCUGGGUCUACUCUGUGGCUAUGAUGAUUCAGCACAUAGUGGCUGAGAAGGAACAUCGUCUCAAGGAGGUGAUGAAGACAAUGGGGUUGAACAACGCGGUACACUGGGUAGCCUGGUUCAUCACAGGCUUUGUUCAACUCUCCAUCUCAGUGACGGCACUCACAGCCAUCCUCAAAUAUGGCAAAGUGCUCAUGCACAGCCAUGUGCUCAUCAUUUGGCUUUUCCUGGCCAUCUAUGCUGUGGCCACCAUCAUGUUCUGCUUCCUGAUAUCCGUGCUAUACUCCAAAGCUAAGCUGGCCUCAGCCUGUGGUGGGAUCAUCUAUUUCCUAAGCUACGUGCCCUACAUGUAUGUGGCCAUCAGAGAGGAGGUGGCACAUGACAAGAUCACGGCCUUUGAGAAGUGUAUUGCGUCCCUUAUGUCCACCACAGCCUUUGGCCUGGGAUCCAAGUAUUUUGCCCUUUAUGAAGUGGCCGGUGUGGGCAUCCAGUGGCACACUUUCAGCCAGUCACCUGUGGAGGGAGAUGAUUUCAAUCUGCUUCUGUCUAUGAUGAUGCUGAUGGCGGAUGCUGUCGUGUACGGUGUGCUCACGUGGUACAUUGAGGCUGUGCACCCAGGCAUGUAUGGACUUCCUCGGCCCUGGUAUUUCCCACUUCAGAAGUCUUACUGGUUGGGGAGUGGGCGAGCAGAGGCCUGGGAGUGGAGCUGGCCUUGGGCGAGACCCCCUCGACUCAGUGUCAUGGAGGAAGACCAGGCCUGUGCUAUGGAGAGCCGGCGGCUGGAGGAGACACGAGGCAUAGAAGAAGAACCCAGUCACCUGCCCCUUGUUGUGUGUGUGGAUAAGCUCACCAAGGUCUAUAAGAAUGACAAGAAGAUGGCCUUGAACAAACUGAGUCUCAACCUCUAUGAAAAUCAGGUGGUCUCUUUCUUGGGCCACAAUGGAGCUGGCAAGACCACUACCAUGUCCAUCUUGACUGGCCUGUUCCCUCCAACAUCUGGUUCAGCCACUAUUUAUGGCCAUGAUAUCCGAACAGAGAUGGAUGAAAUCCGCAAGAACUUGGGCAUGUGUCCUCAGCACAAUGUACUGUUUGACAAGCUCACGGUGGAGGAGCACCUGUGGUUCUAUUCACAGCUCAAGAGCAUGGCCAAGGAGGAGAUCCAGAAGGAGAUGGACAAGAUGAUCGAAGACCUGGAGUUGUCCAACAAACGUCACUCACUGGUGCAAACAUUGUCUGGCGGGAUGAAACGUAAGCUGUCGGUGGCCAUCGCCUUCGUGGGAGGUUCCCGUGCCAUCAUCCUGGAUGAGCCCACCGCUGGUGUUGAUCCCUAUGCCCGCCGAGCCAUCUGGGAUCUCAUCCUCAAAUACAAGCCUGGACGGACCAUCCUUUUGUCUACUCACCACAUGGAUGAAGCCGACCUACUGGGUGACCGCAUUGCUAUCAUCUCUCAUGGCAAACUCAAGUGCUGUGGGUCCUCACUCUUCCUGAAGAGCACCUAUGGAGACGGCUAUCGCCUGACCCUGGUCAAGCGGCAGGCAGAGCCCGGCAGUGUGUCUGAGUCUGGCCAGACACCUAGCUCUCCAGCCUCCUCAGCGCUCAGCCCCUGCUCUGAACCUCGGGUUUCCCAGUUCAUAAAGAAGUAUGUGGCUUCCUGUCUGCUCAUCUCAGACACCAACACUGAACUCUCCUACAUUCUGCCCAGUGAAGCUGCUAAGAAAGGAGGUUUUGAACGACUCUUCCAGCACCUGGAAUUAAGCUUGGAGGAGCUACAGCUGACCAGUUUUGGGCUCAUGGACACUACGUUGGAAGAAGUUUUCCUCAAGGUAUCUGAGGAGGACCAGUCCUUGGAAAACAGUGAGGCCGACAUGAAGGAGUCUAAGAAGGAUGCUCUUCCUAAGGCCGAGGUGCAGAAGGACAGGGAGGCUGCCGCCUCACCCCACUCUGAGCACAGCAACCUGGUGGGCUGCUCUCAGCUGACGCAGUCCCAAGCAUCUCUGCGCUCCUCUUCCUCGGCGGGCUCAGUCCGAGGGGAUGAGGAAGGCGCCUAUGUUGAAGUUUAUGGUGACUACUCCCCACUCUUUGACAAUCUUCAGGACCCUGACAAUGUCAGCCUGCAAGAAGUGGAGGCCGAGACCUUGUCAAUGGUUGGCCAGGGCAGCUCCAAACUAGAAGGCUGGUGGCUGAAGCUACGCCAGUUUCACGGGCUUUUGGUCAAACGUUUCCAUUGUGCUCGCCGCAACACCAAGGCACUCUUCUCCCAGAUCCUGCUGCCUGCCUUCUUUGUCUGUGUGGCCAUGACCGUGGCCCUCUCUGUCCCGGAGAUUGGUGACCUGCCCCCGCUGAUCCUCUCGCCCUCCCAGUACCACAAUUACACUCAGCCCCGGGGCAACUUCAUCCCCUAUGCCAAUGAAGAGCGACAUGAAUACCGCCUCAAAUUGUCCCCUGAUGCCAGUCCCCAACAGCUGGUUAACACGUUUCGGCUGCCUUCUGGCAUCGGUGCCACAUGUGUGCUGAAGACACCUGCCAAUGGGACCCUGGUAUUGACCCUGAACCUGAGUAGCAGUGAGUCCAGAGUGUUGGCUGCGCGAUACUUCGACGCCAUGUGCAUUGACUCCUUCACCCAAGGGCUGCCCCUGUCCAACUUUGUACCACCACCCCCCUCUCCUGCACCCUCUGACUUCCCUUUGUCUCCUGAUGAAGAGCUCCUGAGGGCCUGGAAUACUACUCUGCUACCCACCACCAUGAGAGAGACGGUGACCUCUGUCCCGGCGUUGCCACGUGUAGUCCACGAACCCAUCAAGUGCACAUGCUCCAUGCAGGGGACUGGAUUCUCCUGCCCCAGUGGUGUGGGUGGACGCCCACCCCAGAUGAAGGUGGUAACGGGGGACAUCUUGACUGACAUCACGGGCCGAAACGUGUCGGAGUAUCUCCUCUACACUUCAGAUCGCUUCAGGCUGCACAGAUAUGGAGCCAUCACCUUUGGCAACAUCCAGAAGUCAAUACCUGCCUCCUUUGGAGCCAAGGCACCCCCAAUGGUGCGUAAGAUUGCAGUGAGGCGAACCGCCCAGGUCUUCUAUAACAACAAGGGGUACCACAGCAUGCCCACUUACCUAAACACCCUCAACAAUGCCAUCCUCCGUGCCAAUCUACCCAAAAGCAAAGGAAACCCUGCAGCCUAUGGCAUCACUGUCACCAAUCAUCCCAUGAACAAGACCAGUGCCAGCCUCUCCUUGGAUUACCUCCUGCAGGGCACUGAUGUAGUCAUUGCCAUCUUUAUCAUCGUGGCCAUGUCCUUUGUGCCGGCCAGCUUUGUGGUCUUUCUAGUGGCUGAGAAAGCCACUAAGGCCAAGCACCUUCAGUUUGUCAGCGGCUGCAACCCUGUCAUCUACUGGCUAGCCAACUACGUCUGGGAUAUGCUGAACUACUUGGUGCCGGCCACUUGCUGUAUCAUCAUCCUCUUUGUGUUCGACCUUCCUGCCUAUACUUCACCCACCAACUUCCCUGCCGUGCUCUCCCUCUUCUUGCUCUACGGCUGGUCAAUCACACCCAUCAUGUACCCUGCCUCCUUCUGGUUCGAGGUGCCCAGUUCUGCCUAUGUCUUCCUCAUUGUCAUCAACCUCUUCAUUGGCAUCACUGCCACCGUCGCCACUUUUCUGCUGCAACUCUUUGAACAUGACAAGGACUUGAAAUUAGUAAACAGUUACCUGAAGAGCUGCUUCCUCAUCUUUCCCAACUACAACUUGGGCCACGGGCUCAUGGAGAUGGCUUACAAUGAAUACAUCAAUGAAUAUUACGCCAAGAUAGGCCAGUUCGACAAAAUGAAAUCCCCCUUCGAAUGGGACAUUGUCACGAGAGGCCUGGUUGCCAUGACAAUAGAAGGCUUCGUGGGUUUCUUUAUCACCAUCAUGUGUCAGUACAACUUCCUCCGGCAGCCCCAGCGUCUGCCUGUAUCCACCAAGCCUAUUGAAGAUGAUGUGGAUGUAGCCAUUGAACGGCAGCGGGUCCUGAGGGGGGAUGCGGACAAUGAUAUGGUCAAGAUUGAGAACCUGACCAAGGUAUAUAAAUCACGUAAGAUUGGGCGCAUCUUGGCCGUAGACCGGCUCUGUGUGGGUGUGCGGCCUGGAGAGUGUUUUGGCCUUCUUGGUGUCAAUGGGGCUGGCAAGACCAGUACCUUCAAGAUGCUGACAGGAGAUGAGAGUACCACAGGAGGCGAGGCCUUCAUCAAUGGACACAGCGUCCUGAAAGAGCUCCUUCAAGUACAACAGAGUCUGGGCUACUGCCCGCAGUUUGAUGCCCUGUUUGAUGAGCUCACAGCCCAAGAGCACCUGGAACUCUACACAAGGCUUCGAGGGGUCCCCUGGAAGGACGAGGAGAGGGUGGUCAAGUGGGCAUUAGAGAAAUUGGAGCUGAGCAAGUAUGCAGAUAAACCAGCGGGCACCUACAGUGGGGGCAAUAAGAGAAAACUGUCCACGGCCAUCGCCCUCAUUGGUUACCCAGCCUUCAUCUUCUUGGAUGAGCCCACCACGGGCAUGGACCCCAAGGCCCGGCGUUUCCUGUGGAACCUCAUCCUGGACAUCAUCAAGACGGGGCGUUCAGUAGUACUGACAUCACACAGCAUGGAGGAGUGCGAGGCACUUUGUACACGACUGGCCAUCAUGGUGAAUGGACGGCUCAGGUGCCUGGGCAGCAUUCAACACCUGAAGAACAGGUUUGGUGAUGGCUACAUGAUUACGGUGAGGACCAAGAGCAGCCAGAGCGUGAAGGAGGUAGUGAGGUUCUUCAACCGAAACUUCCCUGAAGCUGUGCUCAAAGAGCGACACCACACCAAAGUGCAGUAUCAGCUGAAAUCGGAGCACAUCUCACUGGCACAGGUUUUCAGCAAGAUGGAGCAGGUGGUGGAUGUUCUGGGCAUCGAGGAUUACUCGGUCAGCCAGACCACGCUGGACAAUGUGUUUGUGAACUUUGCCAAGAAGCAAAGUGAUAACUUGGAGCCCCAAGAGACAGAGCCAGGUUGCGCCCUCCAGUCCCCGCUGGCUCGGCUGCUCAGUCUCCUCCGACCCCGUCCCGCACCCACAGAGCUCCGUGCUCUGGUAACAGAUGAACCGGAGGACCUCGACACGGAUGACGAGGGGCUUAUCAGUUUUGAAGAGGAGAGGGCCCAGCUUUCUUUCAAUACAGACACGCUCUGCUGAAGGAACUUAAAGGCUCCAGCUCUCCAUUCCUGGAUGACCAACUUCCUUGUCCCCUUACACUCAAACCUCCUUGGACCAGCCCUACAUUUCCCUGGCCUGUUUUGGCUGGGGCAGAGAUUGAAGGCCAGACAGUUGGGAGGGAGGCCUUUGCACUGCCUACCCACCCAGGUCCCUGACCCAAGAGGGUUGGGAGAAGGGAUUGGUGAUACGUUGUGCACCUUGAAUUCAGUGCCUCAAACUUGGAGCUAGUUUUAGAGGGAGGUAGGGUUGGGGAAACUGGUGGGUGUGGACAGUGCCAAGAGCUGGGCAUAAGAACCCAUCCUAGGAUCCUAGGGGAGCCUUGGAGAAUGGGAAAAAGGCUUGAAUCUGAGAGCAAGGGCAGUUCUUCACUCUGGUAGGCCCCAGAUUUAGGGAUGGGGAAUCUCCUAACUACAUCAUAGCCCAGGUGAUACUACAAACCGUACCCACUCUUUCCCCUCCUCUGGCCCGGCCACUGCCCCUCCGGGACCAACCUGCCUGGUGAUCCUCAGGAUCUCCAACCAAUGAUUGUGCCAAAGGGACAGUCCUGCUGUACCCCAGGGUGUGGGCUGGGCACUCAUGUGGCUCUGCCUUACAGUCGCAGCAGCUCUGGCCAGCUACUCCGCUCACUUCCCUGGACUCUGAUAGCCCUAUCCCUGAUCUCAGCCUGGCCUGCUUGGCUCUGCUUCUGAUGGUCAGUACCACUCAUCUUGCCUGUGGCUAGAAUCCCCACUGGCAGUGAAGGCCACAAAAAGACUGGACUCUGACAGCCCAGGAAAUAUGCCUGGAGGCUAAUGUGAAGGCUUGAAAAACAUGAAACUGUGUGGAGGAAGAGGGGCAUGGGUCUCCUCUGUGGUCUUAACCCUCCAGAGCAUGAUCCUGAUGGACCUGUGUAACACAAUACUUUCCUGGUUCAUCAGGCAUCUGGAUGGGGGAGGGGGGUGACAUGGACCUCAUGGGGUCCUGGGCAGAUAACUGCUUCCCCCCUAAAUUGGACUCUUCUACCCCCUGGAUUUUAACAACACCUCUGCUAACGCCACCAUUGCUGCCAUGCCGCCGCCAUCCAGAGGCUCCAAUGCUGGACACCAAAAUGGGCUGCCUGCUAGCCUGCCCAACCACCGUGGCCCAAGUCAUUGACUCUGGCCAGGGCUGAGCUGGGAUGUUGGGUUUGUUGUUUUCUUUUUAACCUAUUUAUUUUGCAAUAGGAAGAAGCACUUGUCAGGGGUGGGGAAGAUGGAGGGAAAGUGUGUACAUAGAUGGCAGAAUGGACAUGUUGACAGGUUGGAUACAACUAUACGGGAAACAAAAGGAGGGGAACGCCCCCUUCCAAGGCUGAAAGCAGUGUUCCCUCCAUUCUUCAGCUCCUGUUCCCUAUAGGGCCUCUGCACCUAGGAACCCUGAAGGCUGUGGACAAAGGAAGAGAGUGGAAGGACCUGGUGUCUAGAGAGCUUGCCCCCUGCCUCUGAAUGACCUCCAAUCACCUUUUGUCACAUUAGGGGUGGGGUAGGGAGAGGCUUGGUAUGGCAUGGACAGUGUGGGGGUCACAUGGGCCCCAUUCCUUCCUGAAAGCAAGCUGCCAUGGCCACUUCCCAGCUGUUUGCCCAUCCCCUCCCCAUCCCAUCCCUAGUCCUGCCUAAGGGCAGGUGGGGGACUGGGCUUGUACAUAGUUCGGGAAGCAGAUGAGGAAAGAUGUUUGUUUUAAAUAAAAAGGGAAAAUAUCAAACCA